AUGGAAAAUCCUCACGAUGCACCCCCACCAUGCGAAUCACGCGAGUCGGAUGGGCCAAGCGAACCAAUGGAACUGGAUGAACCAAACAGAUUCGACUUUGGAGUAGAUGGACCUCAAGCAGGCGAGCUCGAAGCAGACGAGCUUGAACAAAAUAAUGGAUUUGAUGGGGGCGAGUCUGCUUUCGACAUGUCUGCCCUGAAGGUCGGAGGAUUAGACUUCCGAAAAGUUUUUGAAACGGAAGCGGAUGACCCAGAAGAAGACGAAUCAGAAUCGGAAAACUCAGAAACGGAAGACUCAGAAGCGGAUGAAUCAGUUCCAUCAUCAGAUCUGGUCCCUCAAAUUCGACCUCGACGACGUGACGUAUAUAGUGUAAGGACAAACAAUCCUGUAUACACCACGUACGUACCUUCCGGCGAACUCGUGAUAGGAAAACGUCGCGGACCGGACGGACACCUCACGAUCAAGAUCAGCCAGCUAUAUAUGCGCUCCAGCACGGUUUAUCCCCGAAUCCUCUUCGAGAGAAGACAUACAGAGAGGGGGUUGAUCAUUCAACAGGCUUACCCUACCGUAAAGCUAUACGGGGGCUUUUUAAGCAAGUUUGUCAAUACUAAGAUAACGCCCCGCUACUCGCUUGACGAGGAUGGCAUCUUUUUCGUUCAAGAGCGCAUGGUUGGCGUGCUCUGGAGAUCGGGAUCGUGA